AUGUCCCUCAAGUUGCCACGGAACUGGGAUUUCAACCUGAAAAUGGAUGCUGCAAAAAUAGCCCGCUCCAAGAGCGUGAUGAGCGGCGAGCCGGCGGGUGCCCGGCCGGCCUCCCCCAACCCGCUGGAGCGGCCUCUGAAGAUCGGCUGGCUGAAAAAGCAGCGCUCCAUCGUCAAGAACUGGCAGCAGCGGUACUUCGUGCUUAAGGGCCAGCAGCUUUACUACUACAAGGACGAGGAUGAUGUCAAACCACAGGGCUGCCUGUCUCUCCAGGGAAGCACCAUCAAGGAGGUGGCCAGCAACCCAGAGGAAGGAGGGAAAUUUAUCUUCGAAAUCAUCCCAGGAGUCUCUGGAGACCAGAACCGGACAGGGCAGGACACCUGCGUGCUCAUGGCUAAUUCCCAGUCUGAGAUGGAGGAAUGGGUUAAAUCCAUCCGACGAGUGCUGGGGUCGGCAUCAGGAGCGGUGUUUGGCCAGCGCUUGGCGGAGACCAUGGCCUAUGAGCAGAAAUUUGGGCAGCACCAGGUGCCCAUCCUGGUGCAGAAGUGUGCCGAGUUCAUCCGGGAGCACGGUGUGAGCGAGGAGGGCAUCUUCCGCCUCCCUGGCCAAGACAACCUGGUGAAACAGCUCAGGGAUGCGUUCGAUGCUGGAGAAAGGCCAUCAUUUGACAGGGAUACGGAUGUGCACACUGUGGCCUCUCUGUUCAAACUCUACCUGCGGGAGCUCCCCGAGCCAGUGGUACCCUGGAUGCAGUACGAGGAUUUUCUGCUGUGCGGUCAGGCGCUGGAUGCGGAUGAGAGAAAGGGCCAUCAGGAACUCCUGAAGCAACUGUCCCUCCUUCCCAGAGACAACUACAACCUCCUCAGCUAUAUCUGCAGGUUUCUACACGAAAUACAAUUGAACUCUAGCAUCAACAAGAUGAGUGUGGAUAACCUGGCAACAGUGAUUGGAGUGAACCUCAUCAGACCCAAGAUAGAGGAUCCUGCAAUUAUUAUGAGAGGCACACCACAAAUCCAGAAAGUGAUGACUGUGCUGAUAAGUGACCACGCAGACCUCUUUCCCCCAUCCAAGGAUGUGCCGCCUUCCCCACCUGCCCACAAAAAUGACAAGAAAGCCCCCAUCCCGCGCAGCUCCGUGGGCUGGGACACUGCAGAAGACCCUGCCGUGCCCAGGGCGGAGAGCGUGAUCCAAAGGCCAAUGAGAGAUGACCUGAAUUCCAGCAGUGCCCCCGGACCAGCUGCGAGCUCAAGUGCAGCCAGAGAAGAUAAUGGGUCCAAAGAUACACUGGGAAUGUGGAAAAUGCAAUCAAGGAAAAGAACUCAGACUUUACCUAACAGGAAGUCUUUCCUGACAGCUGCUUCUCUGGGGGAGAAAGGCAGCAAUGACAAAAAUGACAUAUUUGCCAGUGAUUUUUGGAGAAGCUCCCCCGGGAGCAGCAUGCGCUCCGCGGCCCCCGAGGGACAUAAGAGAACGUUGUCUCAUGAUCUCUUUAAGCUGCUCGACCUUCACCGGGCUUCGACCUACGAUAAUGUUCCUACCUCCCAGGCGGAAAGUGGGGAAGGCAGCGGCUCCAGCCCCAGCCCUUCCAGCAGCGGCUCUGAUAAGGAAUUUCUACCCUGCCACAGCCCCAGCCAUCAGCCAAAGGAAACGGCCAGCCCCAUCAGCAGCCCUGCCGAGGUCUCCACGCCUGAUCAGGAGAGCAGGGAGUUCUUGCAAAACGUGAUCUUGAAGCUGGAAAAAGCAAUGGAGGCACAGAAAAAUGACUACGAGGAACAAAUUAAAAGUCUCGAGAAGGAAAACUAUGAGGUCUGGGCCAAAGUGGUGAGGCUAAAUCAGGACAUUGAGAAGGAGAAGAAGAAGUCUGAGGAACUGGAGGUGAAGCUGAUGAACAUGGAGCGCUUACGGGAGGACAUGGAGAAGAAAAACAAGAUGCUUGAGGAGGAAAUAAAAAACUUAGCUAAAUCCACGAGCAAAACUGAUGCCAAAACCAACUAG